UCCAGCUGGACGUGUGUGUGUGAUACAUGCAGUUAUAGCGCGCUAGCAGCUACUGACCCACCACGGACGAACUAGUUUUGUUUUGUUCCCGAUCUGGAUUUCAAGAUAUAGUCGUAACGAGCACAAGGCACGGGAUCUCAGCAGGUGGUGUCAUAGGGAAGGUACAAGGUGCGGCAGUAUAAUCAACGAUGUGGACUAACAUCAUAGCCUUUACGGUGGCUGUGGUUGGAGUUUUAUACUGGAGAUCACAGCGCGUGGAACAGUUUAUCAUACAGGAGAAUCCCGAUGAACGAUACGAUUACGUCAUAGUGGGAGCAGGUAGUGCAGGCUGCGUAUUGGCUGCUCGCCUCUCUGAAGUCAGCAGCAACAAGGUGCUUCUACUGGAGGCAGGAGGCGACCCUUCUGAAAACGAGAAUGUUGCAAUACCUGCCAUGCAUAUGCCAAUAAGGAAUACUAAACAGGACUGGAGCUUUAGGACUGUGCCACAGAAGAAAUCUUGCCGAGGUCUUGAAGAGAAGAGAAGCCUGUGGCCAAGAGGACGAAUGCUUGGUGGUUCAGGAGGCCUCAAUGGUAUGCAGUAUGUACGAGGCAACAAGGGAGACUUUGAUCUGUGGGAAAAGAUGGGUGCACGGGGAUGGAGUUAUAAAGAUGUUUUGCCGUACUUCAAAAAAUCCGAAGACAACCAGAAUGAGGAAUAUGUGAAGAGUGGUUACCAUGGGUCAGGUGGACCAUGGACAAUCUCUGAUUCUUCAUACACAGAACUGGCAGAUGUUUUUGUAGAUGCUGCAAAAGAACUUGGUUAUAAACUUGGAGAUGUUAAUGGAGAGAAUCAAGAGGUUUUUAUGAAAUCACAAGCAAACACAAAAGAUGGAAAACGUUGGAGCACAGCUGAGGCAUAUCUGAGACCAGCCAUGCACAGAUCAAACCUAGACAUAGCCAUCAAUACUCACGUAACCAAGAUAAACUUUGAUGGUAAGAAGGCGACAGGAGUCACCUUCAUUCACGGUGCUGAGAAGAAGACUCAUUGGCUUCUCCGCACAUCCCUCAUGUUGUCUCGCGUGUUCGUGCUCGGGCCAAAGGAUCACCUUACCAAGUUCAAUAUACCAACUGUUGCUGACUUACCAGUUGGUCAGCACCUACAGGAACAUCCUGGCCUCAUCUACCCUGAGUUCUGGAUAGAGAAACCAAUAACAAUCACCGCCGAUCUAAUUAAUAGUUGGAAGACCAGCAUACAGUAUGGUCUAUUUCGAAAAGGCCCUCGGGCAUAUAACAUAAUUGACACCGUCGGUAUUGUCAAGACCAAAACUGCUGAUCCUAAACUUAACCUGCCUGACAUUGAAAUACAGCUUGCUCCCUGGGGACUAGGCAUGGAAAAUGAUGAAACUAUUUACAAUGUAGUUGGCUUCAACAAGAAUUUUUUGAAGACUUACAACUUUUCCGAGCACAAGACUCGUCCAGUCAUGACGUGGAAUGCAUUCCUUCUUCAUCCGAAGAGUGUUGGAGAGAUACGGCUGCAAUCAUCAGACGCACUCGAUCCACCUGAGAUUGAUCCAAACUACUUUGAUGAUGACUCUGAUGUCAAGUCGCUAGUAGAGAGCAUAAAGAUCGGACUGCAGUUUGUUGAGACUAAAGCAUUCAAAGCUAUCGGUGCUAGACUGCGAGAUCAGAUCGUUCCAGGCUGUGAGAAGCAUGAAUACAAAUCUGACAACUACUGGGACUGUGCCGUGAGAACAGUAACAGCGACCAUAUAUCACCCGACAGGAACAUGUAAGAUGGGAGCAGCCAAUGACCAAACUGCAGUUGUUGAUCCACAACUCAGGGUUCGUGGACUCAGUGGUGUGAGAGUGGUUGAUGCUUCUAUAAUGCCGGAGAUUGUAUCCGGUAACACCCAGGCCACUACAGUCAUGGUCGCAGAGAAGGCAGCUGACAUGAUACUAUCAGGAGCAUGAUUGGCUACACGUACACUACAGAGGGCAGCAGAUAUCUCUGCAUUAUUUAUCCAUAUAUUGCACACUGCAACGUUUGCACAAAACAGAUUCCAUAAAUAAAAUUACCUAUACCUGUUAAUAAAUUCCUCCUGAUUUGUAAAAAAAAAAGUUUCA